AUGGCAAGAGAUGGCGAUAUUCAUUUUGAAACUUCACAAAAAGGAAUGUCUAAAGAAGUUAAAAUCCAGUUUGAGAAAAUUAAUCUCUUCCCAAGAGAUAACCCAUAUUCCAUUUUAGAAGUAUUGUGGCAAGAUGAUGAACAGACAAGGAGAUAUGAGGAAAACCAGAAUAAAAACUUAAGUCAUGUUUCCUUCAACAACAGGGAAACACCAGCUGAGAAGUGUGAAUAUAAGGAUAUUGGGAAAAUAGUUCAUGUAAAUGCACACCUUAUUCCUUCAAGAAAAAGACUCCAUAACUAUGAUUCAUUUGGAAAAAGUUUGAAGCCAACUGUAAACUUAUGUACAUAUAAUACAAACAAAACAACACAAAAUCUUGAUAAGAUCAUUGGAUAUGGAAAUAUUUUCACUCAUAUGAAUUUUUAUACAGAAAUGAAUGCUUGUGAAUGUGAUCAGUGUAAGAAACUUCUUAAUCAUACACAAGCUCUCAUUCAAGAUGAGAAACUUCAUGCUGAGAAGCACCUCUAUUUAUUUUCUGACUGUGUAAAAUUUUUCACCAAGAAGUCACACCUCUUUGCACAUGAGAGUAUUUAUACUGAAGAGAAACAGCAUCAUGAGUGCAACAAAUGUGAUAUAGUCUUCACUCAGAAAUCUCAAUUUGCUGUACAUCAGAAAGUUUAUACAGGAGAGAAACCCUAUAUAUGCACUGAAUAUAGGAAGGACUUUUCUCUCAAGUCAAACAAUGAAAAAACUCAUACUGUGGAGAAUCACUCUAAAUGCAAUGAAUAUGGAAAAGCCUUUAACCAGAAGUCAGAUCUGCUCAGAUACCAGGAAAUUCAUACAAAAGAAAAAUCCUAUGACUACAGUAAAUGUGGGGAAAAUAUCUUUCAGAAUGCAAACCUCAGUAUAUGUAAAAAAAUUCAUACUGGAGAGAAACACUUUAAAUGUAUUGAAUGUGGAAAAGCCUUUACAAGAAAGUCAACACUAAGUAUGCAUCAUAAAAUUCAUACAGGAGAAAAACCCUAUGAAUGUUCUGAGUGUGGGAAAGCCUUUAUCCGGAAGUCACAUUUUAUUACACAUGAGAGAAUUCAUACUGGAGAGAAACCUUAUGAGUGCAGUGACUGUGGGAAGUCUUUUAUAAAGAAGUCACAACUCCAUGUGCAUCAGCGAGUUCACACAGGAGAGAAUCCCUUUAUAUGUUCAGAAUGUGGGAAGGUCUUCACUCAUAAGACGAAUCUCAUUAUACACCAGAAAAUUCAUACUGGAGAGAGACCCUAUAUAUGUACUGAAUGUGGGAAGGCCUUUACUGACAGGUCAAAUCUUAUUAAACACCAAAAAAUUCAUACUGGGGAAAAACCCUAUAAAUGCAGUGACUGUGGAAAAUCAUUCACCUGGAAGUCACGGCUCAGGAUACAUCAGAAAUGUCAUACUGGAGAGAGACAUUAUGAGUGCAGUGAGUGUGGGAAAGCCUUCAUCCAGAAGUCCACACUAAGUAUGCACCAGAGAAUUCACAGAGGAGAAAAACCCUAUGUUUGUACUGAAUGUGGGAAGGCCUUCUUUCACAGGUCACAUUUCAUUACACAUGAGAGAAUUCAUACUGGAGAGAAACCCUAUGAAUGCAGUGACUGUGGCAAAUCCUUCACUAAGAAAUCACAGCUGCAUGUGCACCAACAAAUUCACACAGGAGAAAAACCCUACAGAUGUGCUGAGUGUGGGAAGGCUUUCACUGACAGAUCCAAUCUCUUUACACACCAGAAAAUUCAUACUGGGGAGAAACCCUAUAAAUGCAGUGACUGUGGAAAAGCCUUCACUCGGAAGUCAGGCCUCCAUAUACAUCAGCAGUCUCAUACUGGAGAAAGACAUUAUGAGUGCAGUGAAUGUGGGAAAGCCUUUGCUAGAAAAUCGACUCUUAUUAUGCAUCAGAGAAUUCAUACAGGAGAGAAACCCUACCUUUGUACUGAAUGUGGGAAGUCCUUCAUCCAGAAGUCACACUUAAAUCGACAUCGAAGAAUUCAUACUGGAGAGAAACCCUAUGAAUGCAGUGACUGUGGGAAGGCCUUCAUUAAGAAAUCACAACUCCAUGAGCAUCAUCGAAUUCACACUGGAGAGAAGCCAUAUAUAUGUGCUGAAUGUGGGAAGGCCUUCACCAUCAGAUCCAAUCUUAUUAAACACCAGAAAAUUCAUACUAAACAGAAACCCUAUACAUGCAGUGACUUUAGAAGAGCCUUAGGCUGGGAACCACAACUCAGUAUACAUCAGAAGUCUGAAUCCGGGGAAGUAGAGUGCCCAAUACCACAAUCAUGGGGUGAGGAUACAAAGUUGUGAGGCUACCACAUGACUAAGAAGCAGGAGGUAACCAAAGACACCUUUCCUCUAUCUAGUCAGAAGUGCAAGUAUCUGGGUCACAUAGCUGAUUGCCAGUUACAAAUAUGGGGAGACACUUUGGAGAAAGUGUUGGAGCAAUGUAUAAUGGUCAUGCCUAGUUACUGGACAGAUACUAGGACUGUCAAGCCCCCGCAAAUGCAAGGAAUGACUUGGUAGUCUGUCUUGUCUCAUGUUUUGGAUAAGCAGCUUUAUAAAUUUAGGGCUGUUGAGUUUUUCAUGCCCUGGGUAGGAAAAAUAGUAUUGACCAAAGGAAUUUCUUAAUAGAGUGCUAAGUGUCAUUGUCUAAUUAUCCUAAAGACACUGAUAUCAAGGCAAAAGUGUAGAAUGCUCAGGUCUAUAAUGUAGAGAAGCCAGAAAUUUUUGUGAAAAUUGACAUUAAAAGACCAAAAGAAAGGACUCUCCUUUUUUUCCUUUGGGAAGUCACUAUUUAUUUAUAGUACCUACUAGAAUGUGGACUUUGGAUAAAAAAUUUUUAAUUUACAAUUUGACUUUGAGAUUAUCAAAUUAAAACCCCAGGCUUACUGAAUAUUCACAGUCAUCUUUAGGAAACCAGUGUUACCUCGUUUAUUAAUUCCUUGCCCCAUGGCAAGAGGUAACUUUGACUCGAGAUAUAAAGUGCUCCCAGCCUGUAUCCCAAAAGUGAUGAAUGAUGUAAGCAGUAGCCCCAUAAAUUACUUUUCACCUUAGAACUGGCCUGAGAUCAUGGAACACAGGUUACAGAUCUGGAUAUCAGCAUUUUGAAUUCCUAGCCUUGUCCAUGGAAACCUAUACUAGUCACUGAUUUUUGGAAAAGAAACAAAACAUGGCUUUCAAAAUCUAAAAUUUUUUCUUUCCAAUUUUGUUAAUACAUUCUCUAUGUAUUCAUUACACAUUAGGUUACUAUAGGAGACAAGUGUCUUGCAUUUGAGCUUGGUUUUUGAGAAGAAAUAGUUACACAUUUGGAAGAAUACUCCUAUCCCCUCCCAAUCUCUACAAAUUAAUCUUAAUUUGUGUUUUCAAAUCCUCUAUAUUGUAGACUUUUUUGUCCUUUAUCUGAUAUACUAAAAGAAGUAUGUUAUAAUCUUCUAAUUAUAAAUUUGUCUCCCCUUUCAACUUACCAUUUUUACUUUGUACAUUUUGAGUGUUUUUAAAUACACUCAAUUUUAGAAUUCUUACAGUCUUCCUGGUUAAUUGAAACUUAGUCAUUAUGAAAUGUCCGUUUUUAUCUCUAGUGGUGCUUCUUGCCUUAAUAUUUACUAAGUCAGAUAUUAACACAAUAUGCAAUUUUCACUUAUUAAAGGAUGGUAUAAUUUAGUACUCACACCACUUUUUUGACAAGGUGAGGAAUUAGAGCACUAACUCCAUUUCAUCCCUUCUUGGCUUAUAUGGUAUUGAUGUUAGGCAUUUGAAUACUAUAUAUGUUUAUGCAGCCAUUGUUUCAAUCAGUCACUCAAUCCACGUAUAUACUCUUUCAUUACUUUUUUUUUAUUACUUCUUGUCCUUUAAAUUUCCCUGUAGAAUCAUUUUCCUUCUUACUUAAGAACAAAUAUUAGUGUUUCUUCUAGUGUGUUUGCUAGUGAAAAAUGCCCUUUUUGUUUGUUAGAAGUGUCCUAUUUUGCCUUCAUUUUUGAAGAUACUUUUACAGAAUGCAGAAUUCCAAGUUGGCAGUUACUUUCUAUUAGCAUUUUGGAGAUAUUUUAUUAUGGUGUGUCUUUGCUUGUUUUGUUGAAAAGUAAGCUUUCAAUCUUUAUAUAGUGUUUUUUCCCCCCAUCUUUUCCCUUGAAAUUCAUGUCUUUGUCUUAGGCUAUCAACAGUUGCACAAUGAUAUGCAGUGAUUUUCAAUGGAUGGAUUUAUCCUGCUUGGGGUUUGCAGGGUUUUUUAAUCUGCAGCUUAUUGGAGGGUUUUUGUUGUUGCAUAUUUGGAAAAUUUCUAGCUAUUAUUUAUUCAAAGUGUGCAUCUACCUUCCUCUGCUUUGUCUAGAGAUACUCCCAUUAUCUGUAUCCUCUGUUCACCUUUUUCUAUACAUCACUGUUUCUCUUGGGUUUUGGUGCUAUGUUUUCUCAUAUACCUGGUGAUUUUAAAUCAACCAGUAGACACUACAUAUUAAAAAUUGUAGAGUGAUAAUUAGAUGGUCUGGAUUAUAUCAUCUUCCAGAGAGGAUCUGCCUUUGCUUCUAACAGGUGAGUAGGUGAGGAACACUGGAAAUUGAUAGCAUUCAUCUAGUUAUGUAUUAAGAUUAUUUGAAACUAGUCUUCAGUCCCUGUGAAGGCUCAUCUUUUUUUAUUUCCCCCCAGUCUUAUUAAGACUUAGGACUUGGGAGACUUAUCUGGUCCCUCAGACUUGGAAGGACCUUUUUUCUAGUAUUUGUCCCUUUAUAAAGGCCCAUAAAUUUACAAAAAAACUCAAACUUUCUUGCCCAAUUUUGUUUUAAGAAUGAAUUAGGAAACACCUCUUUUUAAUAAACAUUUCCAAAUUCAAGAAGCUAUGUCUUAUCUCUUAUUCCUACAUUUUCUCUCGGUAACUGUCCAGUGUUAUCACAAAAUUUAAUGCAUUUAAUAUGUUCUUUCACCUUUUUCAGUUCUUAAAGGAAGUACUGGUCCAUAUAGUUUUCAAUUUGCUGAAAUAACGGUUUCUAUUUAAGAAGUGUGGAGUCCAGAAAUGUUUUUUAAAUCACCAAAACUUUUCAAAUUAAAAAUGAAAAUGCUCUGAUUUGUGAUAAUUAUUUUAUUCCCAGUUUUUGUUGCUAAAGGUGAAGGCAUUCAUUCUUUAAAGUUAAAGACUUUAGAAACUUUGAUACAUGAGAGAAAAUCCCUUCUGGUCAAAUUUUAUGAUAGUAACUGCCAAAUUUUAACAAAAGGAGGUGAUUGACUAAGAGCCUCUCAGAUUUCUUUAAUAGGGUUUUUUCCUUUGGAUAAUUAACAUAAAAUGAGGUUAAUGAAGACUGGUCUAAGAGCCCAGGGGUUGAACAUAAGAAUUUCAGAGAUUAAUAGGAUUACUGAGAGUGAUUUUCAGGGACACUUUAAAAAAAUAAAAUUCUACCAAGCCAAAAUAAAAGAUAAAAAAGGCAAAAGAGACACUUUACCUUUUGUUAGCACAGUAUUAAUCUGUAGUAGAAAGAAAAACGUUCUUUCGUGGGCUUCCAUUAUCUAUGUCAAGGGACACUUGGCAGUCGAUCAGGGAGCUGACGGUGGACAGUCAUGAGCGGGAUGGGGGCUGGAUCUCAGGGUGGGGCUCCAAGGUGGGGGUGCACGGAGGGCGUGCAGGCUGCGGACUUCACCGAGAAUCACUGUGAAUCAGACAUACCCUUUCAUGCCAGUGCUGAUAACAGUUCAUUUGUAUUUACAGCAAAACUAUUUAAAAAGUUCUACAAUCUAAUAAAAAAUGAACUUUUAAUUUUUCAGAAAGGAAUUUCAUUCUGUAAAUUCAGCAAAUGUAAGAAAACGUACACUCAAAGCAGUGUUUAAUUAUACAUCAGAUAAUUCAUAGGGGAGAGUAGUAUUUUUGUCUUACUAAAUGCAGGUAGGGCUUCAUUCACAAAUCAUACACUUUAUUACAUAGCAUAUAUGCUGGAGAGAGACCUUAUGAAUACUAUCACUGUAGAAAAUCAUCCACUGAGAAGUCAGCAGAUUCACGCAUGAGAGAAAUAACAGGUCAAAUAUCAUUAUGCACCAGAAAUUCAUUUUGGAGAGAAAAAUCUAAAAAAGGGGACUGGAAUCAAACCCUUUACCUGGGAGUUAUCAGAAAAUUUCUGCUGAGACAAAAAAGUCUCACAUAAGUGAACCAAUUAUAAAUUACUUGUACUACAGAAAAGCCUGUGAUUAUUGUAUAUGCAUAUUAUAUGUCAAAACCACCUUACUGGACAUCAUAAGUGAGAAGAAUAGGUAUUCUAAGAAUACAUCAUUUUCUUAAAAUGCCAUAAAAUUCAUAUGGGAGGAAACUAGUUUGGUACAGCAGAAGUCCUAUAGAAGCAAAUUCCACAAGAAAUAGAAGCAAAUCCAUAAAUGAUUCAUUGUAUUUAUUGGUUAUAAUUUCAUGCAUUUGUCUCUAGAACCAAUGAUGACAAAUAGCCCAACAAUUCCUUUAAUUGAAAAUUUUUUCACACACGUGUGUGCACACAUUAAACUACAUAAGUGUGACUUCUGGAAUAUAUUUUAUCUCUUGCAUUUUGUAUUUUCUCCACUCAUAGUAACUCCAGCCACACCAACAGGCUGUCAGCAGAUAAGCAAUGCUAGUCAGCUUCAUACUGUUUCUUUCAGUCACAUACACGUUAAUACAUUAUCUGUGUACACAUGUGUUUUCAUUGUCAGUGGGAUUGUAUACAUGUUUUUGCAUCUUUUGUACUCAACAACUUUACUAGCUGAAAAGUGUCUAUGAUGUGGACAUGCUGUAAGUUGUUCAACCACCUUGCUACUGUUAAUUCACAUUUUUGUCUAUAGGAAAAGUGGUCUGAUAGCCACCCCUAAGAGGUGGCACAGAUAAUGGCUUAGUGGGAAGGCAUAAUCAAGCCCUUACCUACUGGGGCUUUUUUUUCUUCUUUGUAACAUACUUCGAGCAGUGAGAUGAGUAGAUUGAAUUGUCCUCUUUUAAUAGAAAUUAUCCAGAUUUAUUUGGAGUAAGAUGGUAGCGUUUCAUAUUUCCAGUGUUAGCAUAUAAAUGUACCCCUUCUCUACUCAGUAACUGUUUUUAUGUUUUAUGAUUUCAAAGUGAUCACUAAUUUUAUUAAUUUGCAUAAUAUACUUCUUUACAUUUAACUUGAUAUUCUUUAAGUUGCCUUCAUACGCCACUUAUAUUUAUCUUUUUGGAUUGUCUUGUCAAUUUGUAUGUACCAGGUUUUUAUAUGUUAAAGAUAAUAACUCCUUUAAAAAGGGCUGUUUGUCUCAACUUUGUAUGUAUUUCUCCAUUCACAUAAUUUUUACAUGUUUAUGUCUGUCCAUUUUUUUACAUUUUCCAAACUAGUCUUAGUUAAGCUUCACAUAAUAUGGGUUUUAAAAAAUAUGUAUUUUUUAAAUGAAUAUUUUGUAUGUUUUGGGAAAGUCAUUUAAUUUUGUUUGGACGGGGUGAGCCACUUUCACAGUUACAGAUCAUGUUGGUUUGCUGAGCAAUUCCAAUACUCCACCCCUACUAAUUUCACUAGAAUCUUUUGAAAAUGGCAGUGGCCAGAUGCUCCGACUCAGGCCUGAAGAAGCCAAACACUGGGAAAUGUGUCCUGGGAAAACUUUUUUAAGAAAAGGGACAGAUUUAGCUACUGGGAAAUGUCCAUCAAGAGUGGGUAAGCAAAAUGUGGCAUACCCAUAAAUGAAUGCUACAACACUUUUCAGCAAUAAAAAAGAAUAGACUGCUGGUGUAUGUGACAACAGAUUAAUUUUAAUAUCAUUUUGAGUAAAACACCAGAUAUAAAAGAAAGAGUUAUCUACUGAAUGAUUGCAUUUAUAUGAAAUUCUAGAAAUGCAAAUAAAUUGUGAAGUGAAAAAAUCAGAUAAAUGGUUGCCUGGGACUAGAGGUUGAGGAAAAGAUGGCAAACAAAAGGAUAGCAUUCUUUUGGUAUGAUGAUCUGUAUUUUUGUUGUGUUAGUGGUUUCACAGAUGUACAAACUCAAAAUGAAUUGAACCCUAAAUAGAUGCAAUUUAUUGUAUGUAAGUUACAUGAAUAAAGUUGAUUUGUAAAGAUAA